GUCGCCACGGGCGGAUUUUUGGAGACGGGAGCCGAGCUUUGGUCGAAACAAGGGAUUUUGGGCCAUUUCAAAGAAGUCUAGGAGUCAAAAUUGAUGAGAUGCUCGCUUGAGUCACGGCACAAUUUCAGGACUCGAAAGAUCUCGGAUUCUGGAUAGAAGCGAAUCAUAGUACAGGCCUUUGACUCGACUUCUACAAAAUGGCCCAGUUCCUGUUUUCUCGGCUGCCCCCGUUCUCGGCGGCGGUGAACGUCGCCCGGGAGACGAUCCGGUCCGCCAUCCCGGACAAAGGAGGAUGCCUCGAGUUCCUCAAGAAGUUCAAGGGCCCGUCGCCGGGCGAGGGUGACAAAUUCAGACGGGGUUCCACGGAGAUGACCGACUACGGGACCAGGGAGGACGGCUCGCCGGGAUCUUUCGAGGGCGGAGAGUCGGGGUUCGACUCGGAAGGACAUUCCAGGGGGAAGAUCAACGAAUGGCAAGCCGCAUGGAACGUCACCAACGCCAUCCAGGGGAUGUUCAUAGUUUCGUUGCCAUUCGCAGUACUUCGCGGAGGCUACUGGGCCAUAUUUGCCAUGAUCGGAAUCGCCCACAUUUGCUGCUACACCGGGAAGAUUCUCAUCGAAUGCCUGUACGAGCAGGACGAAACAGGAAGACGUGUCAGGGUGAGGGAUUCGUACGUCGGUAUAGCAGCCGUCGCGUUCGGACCGGUUUGGGGGGCGAGGGCCGUCAACACGGCACAGCUCAUCGAACUCCUGAUGACGUGCAUCCUGUACGUGGUGGUCUGCGGCGACCUCAUGGCCGGGACUUUCCCGGACGGACCGAUAGACACGAGGUCCUGGAUGAUGUUCAUCGGCAUAUUCCUCGUGCCUUUGGCUUUUUUGAAAAGCCUCCAUCACGUCUCGACGCUGAGCUUUUGGUGCACAAUGUCCCAUCUUGUCAUCAACGUCAUCAUAUUCGCCUACUGCCUCACCGAACUUCCCGAUUGGGGUUGGUCAAAAGUCAAGUGGGAGUUGGAUUUUGAGAACUUCCCUAUUAGCUUGGGCGUAAUUGUGUUCUCCUACACAUCCCAGAUCUUCUUGCCGACCUUAGAAGGCAACUUGAUAGACAGAUCUAAGUUCAAUUGGAUGUUGGAUUGGUCUCAUAUCGCAGCGGCGGCUUUCAAAUCUAUAUUCGGUUACGUCUGCUUCCUCACCUUCCAGAACGACACGCAACAAGUGAUCACUAAUAAUUUGGAUUCGGCGGGUUUGAAAGCCAUGGUCAACCUCUUCCUCGUUAUCAAAGCAGUCCUCUCUUAUCCUCUUCCUUAUUACGCAGCGUCCGAACUGAUCGAAAAGUCAAUUUUUUCGGGCGACGUCCUUCCGACCAUAUGGAAUCUCGACGGGACGUUGAAGAUCUGGGGUCUGACUUUCAAGGUCGGCCUCAUACUCAGCACUGUCCUCAUGGCGAUAUCAAUACCGCAUUUCGCCAUUCUCAUGGGGUUCAUCGGCUCUUUCACCGGUACCAUGCUCUCUUUCAUCUGGCCUUGUUACUUCCACAUGAAGUUGAAAGGGCACGAAAUGACCUCGAAGCAGCUCGCCUACGACGCCUUCAUCAUCUUCCUAGGCUUCUUGUUCGCCGUCAUCGGCGUCUACGAUUCCGGUUCUGCGCUUAUCUCCGCCUUCAAAAUCGGCCUCCCGUUUUAAAAACCGAGCAGUACCGUGUAAAUACCGAAGGUGUAAGUACUCGAAAGAUUCUUCCCUUUCGUUCACUCACAGACCUGACACGGUCCUCUGUAUCGAAUGAAUUUGAAUAUUUCCCACUUAGAGGUAGAUUUUAAUGCUUAGACUAAUAAUCGCAUUAACGACAAUAAAAAUGAUUUAAAAUAAACAAUUUUUAAACUUAAAAACUGCCAAAAAAUUAAGAUUGUUCACAAUUUAUUGUUGUGAGGGAAGCGAAGGGGAAAAACUUCUGAGUAAAGGCUGGGGUUAGAAAAAUCUAGAUGCUUUCUUUUAUAAAUAAAAACAAUUUAUUGUAACGAAGUCUUCCACAAAAGCAAAAUUGAAUAUAACUAGAAGUAAGGGUUAAUUUGAGGGGGGGUGUUAUCGUCGAUAUUGUAUAUGUAAAAAGUGUAUUUAAAUUUUGAUUGUAUUGUAUGUAUUGUGUGAAAAGAAAAAACAAAAACGCCUAACGUAAACAAGUCUUCCAUGAAAAAAAAAAUGCGUUGAGUAUUCAGAGAUGUGGAUCUGAUAGAAAGCCAAAAUAAGUGUAAUAAAAAGCUCAUACUACCUUUGUAAUUUAUGCUUUUUUUAUAUUGCUAACCUUGUUAAUUAUAAAUUUUAAAUUUUUUU